GGUUUUUUCUCUUUCUUUUCCCUUCCAAUCUCUUCUCCCCUUCCUCGUAAAACCCUAACCCUAAUUCCUUCGAUGCGAAUCGAGCUCGCGAGGUCGCUAAUGGCGGAGAUCUGAGGAGGAGGAAGGGAGAGGGAGCGCGAAGCGGAGCGGAAACCCUAGGAAGCCCCCGACCUCCAUCCAUGGCGGCCUCCGCGAGCGCCUUUGCCGCUUUCGCUGCCGUACUCGUCUUCUUCUUUGUACCACACGUUCCUUUCGCCUUCUCCGCGGGAUCGGAACCCCCUUCGUUCUUCGACCGCCACGAGGCCCAGCUACAGCGCCUCGAAACCCUAGUCGAGACCCUCUCGAGGUCCGUCUCCGCCCUCGAGUCCUCCCUCUCCGCGUGCUCCGCCUCCGCCGCCAGAUCCGAGCAGCUGUUGCCCUCCCCCGUUCCGGAUCUCUCACCGGCGUCCGGCGCCGCCGCCGCCGCCGCCGCGGGCGGCGGCGGCGAGGGGAACUCGCGGGGGGUCGCCGUGACGAAGCACAGGACGCUGUGGUCGGAGCGGUUCCUGUUCGCCGCCGCGGCGCGGCUCGAGGACUCCGCCGCCGCCGCCGCCGCCGCGGUGCUCCCCUACGAGGACGUCGACGGCCUCAGCAAGUACUUCGCCGUCGGCGACUCCCGCGGCCGCGUGUACGUGUUCUCCGCCGCGGGGGACGUCCUCAUUGAGCUCCCCGCCUUCUCCGAAUCCCCUGUCACCGCUCUCCUCGCCUAUGUCUCCCGCCGCAAUGAGAGCCUCCUCUUCGUCGGCCAUGCCGACGGCUCCAUUGCCGCUCACCGUCUCUUCGAGUCCUCCGCCAAUGCAGCUGACGAUUGGUUCACCCUCUCUGUUGCAGGAUCCCGCCUCUUCAUCCGCGGCGGAUCCGAUUCGUCCCCUGUGCUCAUCCUCGAGGUCCAUCAGAUUGGACGUGCCCGCUAUGUCAUCACCUCGGAUGGCAGUGGAAGAAUUAGGGUUUUCACGGAGAAUGGGACCCUCUAUGGCACCGCCAUUGCCUCUAGCCGGCCUCUUGCUUUCAUAAAACAAAGGCUCCUCUUCUUGACCGAGACCGGUGCCGGAUCCCUUGACCUAAGGUCGAUGGCUUUGAGAGAAACGGAAUGCGAAGGUCUCAAUGGAUCAACCCCGAAAGCUUACUCCUUUGACCUGUCAGAGCGGUCGAAGGCCUAUGGGUUCACCGUUGGUGGCGACUUACUUCAUGUAGUCCUCCUUGGUGAUGUUGCCAAUCUUAAAUGUAGGGUUCGAGCCAUGAGGAAAUCGGAGAUCGAAAGUCCUGUCUCUAUCCAAACCAUGAAAGGCUAUCUCUUAAUUGCGAGCCAUGCCAAGGUCUUUGUCUACAAUAUCUCCUCGCAGUUCUAUGGGAGGGUUGGAGCUCCGCGGCCGCUCUUUUUCGCAACCCUCAAAGAAAUCAAGUCAAUGUUCGUGAAUUCUCAUGCUACUUCUGACGAAUCAUUAGUUGGGAUGCCUUUGAUCGCGGCCGAUCGCGAAAAGCUUGUGGUUUUAGGGUUUGGGGAUGGAUAUAUAGGUGUGUAUCAGUCAAAUUUCCCGGCAUUCAAGGUGGAGAGCAAUGCUGUGGUUUGGAGCGGCCCUGUUCUACUAUUCCUUUUGUUUCUGAUAGGGAUAUGGCAGUUCUAUGUGAAGAAGAAGGAUUCACUAGGUUGGACGCCUGAAGAGUCUUUCAACUCGCCAGUUGCUGCCGCACAUGCUAGCCUUCUCAAUCACACAGGUAGUGAUAGAGCUUAUGCAGAUGGUGCGCGCGCUGGCGAUCUUAGGGAACUGCGAGGUGGCGGUCUAAGAGGUGCGCCACGAAGGUAUGUUUCGCCUCCUCGCUUCUCGGCAGCGACAGGGAUACCAUAUAGACCUGUUUCUGCCGAUCCUGGUAUUAGAGGACCUUCGGAAUUGAAAUAUAGAGGACAAAAUUCAGAACCCAGUUUUGGUAAAAGAAGAGAUCUGUUGUUUCAAAACACUCAGGUCGUAGAGGAUCACGUCGAGUAGAGCUUGUUAGCUUGGGCUAGUGCACCUUUUUGAUGUUCGAAUUCAGAAUCAUGUUUCCACGUUUUAUAACUAUGAGGCAUGUUGUUGUAUUUCUGGAUAUGUUGUAAGAGUAAAAUACAGUCUCGAAAUGAGGCAGAAAUCAGAAACUGUAGCUUAGAAUCGUACCAGUUGUACUACUCGAGUGUUUUAGAAGCGCAAUUAUACGUUCCAUGGGAUGUGUAACAGCAUGGUCUUGCAAUAAUGAAAUCAGAGUUUCUUUACUGCUUUCCAUUAA